UGGAAGACCCAACGAGAAAGACAGUCUAUAAAGAUUUUUUUUUUUUGGUCGUCUAAAAAAUCCCUGGAACUGGAAAAAAAUAUCUUUAUCGCCUCCCGAAAAACCUAGCACAGUCGCCAUGGACGAAUCCGGCAACAAAGGUAUGGAGUUGAACUGUCGUGAUGCAAAGAUUCGAAAAAGCAGCAUUAGCAGGAUUUCGGUCGAGGGAUACGACACCUCCCUUCGUAGGGCAGAUGUCGAUGGUGCUUUGAGAGAACACUUCGCUUCAUGUGGAAACAUAAUACAUGUUUAUGUUCCCGUUCCCUUAGACGUAGACGUUAACGGUGGUAUUCUCUGCAGAUAUUCCUUAAUUUAUGUUAAUGAAGAAGAUGAAGAAAAGGCACUGAAGCUUGAUGGAAGUGACAUGGGAGGACGGAUUUUACAAAUUAACCCUUACCCGUUCCACGAAAAUCACCUUGAUGAUUACUUGGCUCCUAUGAAAGAAGGCGAAUUCUUUCUGCCACAACACACGAUAAUGGUUAAGGAUUUUGAGUCUUCCCUUCCUAUCGAUGUUAUCAUGGAGCAGCUUGAUAAAUAUUUCUCUUCAAAAGGUUCUUUUGUUUACCAAGACGUAACCGCUUCUGGUGCUAUCAAAACCGUAGCCAGAUUUUAUGUCCGUGGACAAGAGGGUGUAGACACGGCGCUUGAACGUAGUGGACGUUCUGUUGAAGGUUUGUAUUUUGUAGUUACUCGGGUUGUUCCAGUUCCAGCAAAAAUACGCCCGACUGGCUACUGUCACCCAAAUAACUUUAUAGAAGAUCCAAAUAUUACGGAGAAGAGAAGUCAGAAGAAGAAGAAGAAGAAGAGCAAGACUACAGAGAGAAAUCAGUCGAAGAAGAAAGAGAAGAAGAGGAAGUCAAUAUCUAACACCUGCUUCUUUCUUUAAGCCAAUAUCUCUCAAUCUAUCUAACACCUGCUUCUUUCUUUAAGCCAAUAUCUCCCAUAGCCUAGCAGCAUCAUCAAGUCUGCCGAGAAUGAUCUCGAUACAUGUUUGAGAUAGCAUCACAAAAUUAGCUCCGUUUCUCGGUUCAAGCUUUGACCAAUUUGUUUCAGUUAACUUUACUCGCUUGACUAAGGAGCAGAUAGAAGAUCCAAAUCUAUAUUUCAUUUCA